GGGGCGGCUCGCCGCUCGCAGAAAGUGGGAGAGAGACGCUGUUCCCGCGGGAUGCGCGUUCCCGGCCCAGCGGCUGCGCGAGCACAAGGGACCGGCUUCCAGAAUGAGUCGUCUCUUUGUUUCACUCGUUGCUUUCAUCAUAAAGCUGGCAGCUGCUCAGGGCUUUUCAGAUGGUGGUUUGAAGAUUAAAUGUGUGGAGAAUCAAAUCACUGUCAAAUUUGGAGAAGACCUUGUUAUCCCCUGCUGCCUUCAUUUUGUGAAUGAACCCAGUGCCAUUGCUUUCACUUGGAUGAAGAUGGAAACUAUGGGAAUUAUCUACAAUUACACAACGAGCCACAGCAGCCUGGAGGAGCAAGAACCCAGCUACCAAGACAGAGUUGAUGUCUUUGGCAACGAGAUUCCGAAAGGGAAUGUGUCCCUGAGAUUGAGGAAUGUGACAAUCUCUGACUCUGGUAUCUACAAGCUCUCAGUUGCUACCCAAUCCCAAAGCACUGAGACGACGGUUGCCGUGGGAGUAAGAGCUGUAGGUGCCCAGCCGGUCAUCCACUCAUAUAUUUCUGAUCAGGGCUACUCCAAACUGGUGUGCGAGUCAUCCGGAUGGUUCCCAGCGCCGACUGUGAUCUGGGAGAAUGGCCUGGGGGUGCAGCUCACACAGUACGCGCACACAGAGACAAUCAAUGGCACCGGUGGGAUCCUCCACAUGAGAAGCACGAUUGGACUAGACCAUGGGCCGAUCAGCAAUUACACCUGCACCAUGAUUGACCAGCACCUGAAUGAGGCCGUCUCGUUUGUGUUUGUUGUUCUGAUUGCAGGAUCGCCUUGGAAUAUCGUAGUUGGCACGGCUGGGACCAUUGUUUUCUCUGUGAUUUUGGCUGUUUCCGUUUACUGGAGUUGGUAGCAGGAUAGAAAAUCAGCACAGGGUUUCCCUUGUGUGACCGUCACUGAAGACCUGUUGGUUUAAAGGACAUACCUGGUAUGAACACAAGAUGAGCUGCCCUGGGUGGAAGGAAAUUAUUUCUGCCCUGUACAUAAGAACAAGUUCUGUUUCUUCCUGGAAGACACCAGAGUCAACAGAGCUUCAGCAGACUCUACUUCCUGAGUGCAGUUCUUCUGCAAAAUUAGUGCCUUUUUAAAGAAAAUAAGUUUUUAUUUUUGCACUUUACAGUGUGGCCUCAGCACUGUGUGUGUCUGUGUGUGUAAAGUUUUAACACGAACAAUGCUUACCACAGUGAUAUUGACAAACCUAACCCACUUAUAAUCAGGAAUUCUGCAACUCGGAAUGAUGUGAUUUGUACUACUUGGUGAUCAUCCCUGUUGAGGAUUUGAGGCUCCAACAUUCAUUGUGUUUAUCAUGUUAAAAACUGUAUUUAACUCAUCCCAGUUCACGUAGGUUUUGCUAAGUUAUGGACUCUACGCAACUGCUUCCCUUUCCUCUGAGCAUAAGCUAAAGAAAACAUGGAAGUAAAUUCUUCCCUACCCAGGUAACUCUGGUGAGCUCUGGGAUAGAGGAUCGACAUUAACAACCUGAGCUUACUUGCCAGUCUCACAAGAACCAUGGUGCUUAAUUCUGUAAAUGUUACAUCCUUCAGACUGUGGGAAUUGCUGCUAAGGAUUUAUAAUAUAGGAAAUGCUAGUAUAUGCUAUGCAAAGCCAGAUCCCACUGUCUUGCUGUCUCCCUAAAAUCCUGAGUAUCCUGUACGACAGCUCUACCAUUCUCCAGAAAGGUACAAUCGUCUUGAUGCAUAACACUCUAACUGUCUCUUCCAGAUGCUGCUUCUUGUUCUUAAUGAUCAUUGAGGCUGCACAAGUUAUUUUAAUCCAGUUCAGCUGCCAGAAUGUUUUUCAAUCCUUACUACAUUAACUCUGGGGGUAGUCGCUGCUGUAGUUGUAUUGUCAUUGGGUGAGUAAUCCUGAGCAGCAGGUUAACGCUGUCAGAAUGUGGCAGAUGGUGAAACUUUAAUGAAUAAAUCUGGAAUUAAUAGCAA